AUGGCCGACGGUCAACGAGGCGAGCUGGAUCCUCAUCACCGCUGUGUCGAUGCAACUAGCCCAGCUGGCCCUUACAUAUGUGCUUCGAAGCCCAGUGGUCAGCGCCACAAAGUACUUCUUCUUGAACGUGGUCCUCAACUUAGCCUUCGGAGUUCUGCUGGGCGAUCCCUGGCCCUCGGCGCAAGAGACCCUGGGUGCACUGGUGAUCCUGCUCAGCAUUGCUGUGAGUGCCAGGGAGGACGCCAAAGGCAAAUCCUGAAACAAAGGACCGAGACUCAAGAUUGCGCAGGGUGGUGA